UGAGUUGCAGUCCAGGCCGCGCGGGGGUGGUUUGUGGUCCGCGGCGCCGUUCUACGGGUGGCGCAGGCGCAGCGCGAGUGGCGCGCGCCGAGCGCUCAUCCUCUGCUGUCCCGCUUCCUUCGCGUUUCCUCGGUCCCCCAGCUGAGAGCCGCGUGUCUCCUCUUCACCCUCCUCGCCGUCGUCGCCGCGCGCCAGACACAAGGGGCGGGCCCUCGUCUCUAGGAAAACCAACCCGCCGGAGCGCGAGACUAACGGCCGCGACCGCUCCCAGGCCCCUCAGACCGCGCCAUGGGUGACAGUGAUGACGAGUAUGAUCGAAGGCGCAGGGACAAGUUUAGAAGAGAGCGCAGCGACUAUGAUCGUUCCCGGGAAAGAGAUGAAAGACGCCGAGGGGACGAUUGGAAUGACCGAGAGUGGGACCGUGGCCGGGAGCGCCGCAGUCGGGGUGAAUAUCGCGACUAUGACCGGAAUCGGCGAGAGCGCUUCUCUCCUCCCCGCCAUGAGCUUAGCCCCCCACAGAAGCGCAUGAGGCGAGACUGGGAUGAGCACAGCUCUGACCCAUACCACAGUGGCUAUGAGAUGCCCUAUGCUGGGGGGGGUGGGGGCCCAACUUAUGGCCCCCCUCAGCCCUGGGGCCACCCAGACGUCCACAUCAUGCAGCACCAUGUUCUGCCUAUCCAGGCCAGACUUCCUGACCGGGCCCCCUUCAGGCUGGGCAGCAUCGCAGAGAUUGAUUUGGGUGUACCACCACCUGUGAUGAAGACGUUCAAGGAGUUUCUCUUGUCAUUGGAUGACUCUGUUGAUGAGACUGAGGCAGUUAAGCGCUAUAAUGACUAUAAGCUGGAUUUUCGAAGACAACAGAUGCAGGAUUUCUUCCUGGCUCAUAAAGAUGAGGAGUGGUUUCGGUCUAAGUACCACCCAGAUGAGGUGGGGAAGCGACGGCAAGAGGCCCGGGGGGCCCUACAAAAUCGACUGAGGGUAUUUCUGUCCCUCAUGGAGAGUGGCUGGUUUGAUAAUCUUCUCCUGGAUAUAGAUAAAGCUGAUGCCAUUGUUAAGAUGUUGGAUGCAGCUGUGAUUAAGAUGGAAGGAGGUACAGAAAAUGAUCUACGCAUCCUAGAGCAAGAGGAGGAGGAGGAACAGGCAGGCAAGCCGGGGGAGCCCAAUAAGAAAGAGGAAGUUCGGACUGGACCGGGCCUGGGGGAUGGAGAGCGCAAAGCCAAUGAUAAGGAUGACAAGAAAGAAGAAGGCAAACAGGCUGAAAAUGACAGCCCAGGUGAUGACAAGACUAAGAAAUCUGAGGGUGAAGGGGACAAGGAAGAGAAGAAAGAAGACUCUGAGAAAGAAGCUAAGAAGAGCAAGAAGCGGAAUAGGAAGCAUAGUGGAGAUGACAGCUUUGAUGAGGGCAGUGUAUCUGAGUCUGAGUCCGAGUCUGAGUCUGGCCAAGCUGAGGAGAAAGAGGAGACCGAAGAAGCACCUAAGGAAAAGGAGAAGCCCAAGGAAGAAGAAAGGGAAAAACCAAAGGACACUCCUGGGCUGGAAUGUAAACCUCGGCCCCUGCACAAGACCUGCUCUCUCUUCAUGCGCAACAUCGCCCCCAAUAUCUCCCGGGCUGAGAUCAUAUCUCUUUGUAAAAGAUAUCCAGGCUUUAUGCGUGUGGCACUGUCAGAGCCCCAACCGGAGAGGAGAUUUUUCCGUCGUGGCUGGGUGACCUUUGACCGCAGCGUGAACAUCAAAGAGAUCUGUUGGAAUCUGCAGAAUAUCCGACUCCGGGAAUGUGAGCUGAGCCCUGGCGUGAAUCGCGACCUGACCCGUCGUGUCCGCAACAUCAACGGCAUUACCCAGCACAAGCAGAUAGUGCGCAAUGAUAUCAAACUGGCGGCUAAGCUGAUUCAUACUCUGGAUGACAGGACCCAGCUCUGGGCCUCUGAGCCUGGGACACCUCCUCUGCCAACAAGCCUGCCCUCGCAGAACCCAAUUUUGAAGAAUAUCACUGACUACCUGAUUGAGGAAGUGAGUGCUGAGGAGGAGGAGCUACUGGGGAGCAGUGGGGGGGCACCCCCGGAAGAGCCUCCUAAGGAAGGAAACCCAGCUGAGAUCAAUGUGGAGCGGGAUGAGAAGCUGAUCAAGGUUUUGGAUAAACUCCUCCUCUACUUGCGCAUUGUACAUUCCUUGGAUUAUUAUAAUACAUGCGAGUACCCCAAUGAAGAUGAAAUGCCCAACCGCUGUGGCAUCAUCCAUGUUCGGGGACCCAUGCCACCCAACCGCAUCAGUCAUGGAGAAGUGCUAGAGUGGCAGAAGACAUUUGAGGAGAAGCUGACUCCCCUGCUGAGUGUGCGAGAAUCACUUUCAGAGGAAGAGGCCCAGAAGAUGGGCCGAAAAGACCCUGAGCAGGAAGUGGAAAAGUUUGUCACCUCUAACACCCAGGAACUGGGCAAGGAUAAGUGGCUCUGCCCUCUCAGUGGCAAGAAAUUCAAGGGCCCUGAGUUUGUACGCAAACAUAUCUUCAACAAGCAUGCGGAGAAAAUUGAGGAAGUGAAGAAGGAGGUGGCGUUUUUUAAUAACUUUCUCACUGACGCCAAGCGUCCAGCUCUGCCUGAGAUCAAGCCAGCUCAGCCACCUGGCCCUGCCCAGAUACUCCCCCCAGGCCUGACCCCAGGACUCCCCUACCCACACCAGACUCCCCAGGGCCUGAUGCCCUAUGGUCAGCCCCGGCCCCCCAUCUUGGGCUAUGGAGCUGGUGCUGUCCGCCCUGCGGUCCCCACAGGAGGGCCUCCAUACCCUCAUGCUCCCUAUGGUGCUGGCCGAGGGAACUAUGAUGCCUUCCGAGGCCAGGGAGGUUAUCCUGGGAAACCUCGCAACAGGUUGGUUCGUGGAGACCCACGGGCCAUUGUGGAAUACCGUGACCUGGAUGCUCCAGAUGAUGUGGAUUUCUUUUGAGUGUCUCCUUGUCUUACUCCUGGUGUCAUCUAUACUUAUGACUGCCUUGUCCCAUCCAGCUGAGAAUUUUUUUUUUGUACGUUCAGCCCUACUGCCAAUAAAAGCACUUCCACAG